AUGGAUGCAAUCACGGCACCGGAGGACGGUCUCGACACUGCCAGCAACGGCCCGCGAUUGAUCGCGGCAUUGCAAGAUAGACUCAGGCAAGCACUGAAUGAGCUCCGCGCGUGCAGGCAAAACGAGGAUUCUGCCGUCGAACGGCCACAUUUCAGCUGUGAUUUGAAGGAUCAUGCCGACGUGUUGGGGCCGGCUGCAGUGGCGCGGGAAUCAGCCGCGUGUAUGUCGAGCUCAGCGCAGAGACCGAAUGCGCAGGCUAGUGCGACGGCUCAACCUACUGUUGAGGAGGUGGAUCGAAGUCAACUGAAGGAGGAGCUGAGCAUGGCGAAGGCGUUGCUAAUGCUCAACAAUGUCUCUCUUUGCAUGGACUUGGAUGAGGGUGCCGAGGACUUGAGUGCUGCGGAGGUUGUCCGAUUGAAAGGCAACCCACGCCUCAUACAGCUUCUCAUCACUCUCAAGCAGAAGGUGGCCCUGCUCAAUCAACAAUAUCUCCUCCUCCGAGGUGACAUGUUGUACCUCAAGCACGAGAUGAACGUGUGCAAGAACUGGGUGCAGCAGUCCGUGCGGUCCGCUUUGCAGAGCUAG